GCUCCUCCUAGGAAGGGAGGAGGCCAGCAGGGUGCCGGCCCCCCGCCCCCAGACGUCACCUCCUUCCCGCGGGGGCUGUCCUUCCAGCAUGAGCCAGGCUGGCCCGGCUCACUGACCCCGACGCGUGCCCAGCUCAGCCGGACUGGCCCGGGCUGCUGGCCAGGCUCGAGCCACUCUCCCAGCCAUCAUGCCGGCUGGUGCUGGGGGUGGCCCUGCUGCUGGGGGCGGGCGGCCUCUACCUCUGGUACCGGCGGAGGAAGAAGAGACAGAAGGGCGGCAAGGCGGCGCAGGCCGGCCCCGCCUCCUCCCCCCCGGAGAAGAAGACCGACCCCUGGAUCAAAUCCCACUUCAGCCGCAUUUCCGACGAGAGGUUGUUUAAGGGCUUCCAGGAGAGCGGGGAGGCGGGGGCCCUCAGGCCCGGGGAGAGGGACAGAGCCGGGGCGCCCAAGGGGAUGAACACCACCGUCCACGUGGCAUCGUACACCAGCAGGCGAGGGGAGAGCGCCACGUUGCGCAGGGAAUCGUACGUCUCCAGCCCCUCUGGGCCCAGGGGAUCCGAGGUGGGGAAGCCGGCGGCGGAGGAGGCGUGGGCGGUGGUGGCCGCCUGCACCCAGGAGCUAGACACCAAGGGCCAGCACCUGGCUGAGGUCAUGAUGCAGCGGGCCUCGUCGUACCAGUACUCCGGCCACGUGGAGGCCGCCGACAUCAAGAAGGAGGAACUUGACGCCCUGGAGGGGGUGGAGCUAAAGCUGAAGGGAAAUUUUCUGGAGCAGCGAGGCGGCACCGUGGCCGGGAACAAAUGCGUCGUCCACCGUGGGCCGGGACACCACGGCUCGGUCUAGUCGUUCCCUCACAUCCCCCACCGGCCUCCUCCCGGCGCGGCCAACCCGGCUCCGCUCCCGGCGGUCUGCCUCAUCCUCCCGCUAUUCCCUCUCUCCAGGCCCAAGGGAGUUCCCGGGCGUUUCUCUCCGGACGCCCUCCGGGGCCAAAGAGACGUCAACCCCGGCUCGUCUAAUGGAACCCUUGGGCCCCAAGCCCGUGGUGGGAUCGACCGUGAACCGUGCCGGGAAAGUGGUCUGAUCCGGGAAACGGGGCCUAUGGAGAAGAGGGAGGGCUGGCCGUGCGAGACUGACGCGUGGCCUCGGUGGAUGAAAAUGGCGAGCCGGUCUCUCGGAAGUGGAGUGGAGAGUCAGGGCAUCCCCCGAGAUGCGCAACAACGAACGCAGAGACCCAGGCGGAAGCCGUGGGACGAGGGUGAAAUGAAGUGACUGGGAGGGGGCCAAUAAAAUGCCGGUAGUCAGGUC